AUGCAGGAGAUGUUUUCAAUGUAUAUUGAAAACCGGGCGCAGAUCUCGUAUAUCGAGUUGUAUGUUGAGUUUGAACAAUCUGAGGCAGACCGAAACAUUCUACGGGAAGAUUAUAAUAGUGACAGUGAAGAAGAGUUCGAAAGCAACUACGAAUGUGUUGGUGCAGAUGGAGAUGAAGUUCAUGGUGAGGAAAAUAUGGAUGCAGAUGUGACAGAGGUGGCAGAUGCACUCGCAAACGAUAUGCCGUUUGCGGAGCCUUCAUUUAUGCGAGUUCUGGACUUGGAAGCCAUGCAUGUGCCGGAGUUUCCGGAAUAUAUGACUGCAGAAGUUCCUUUUGUCGCAGAUGGUGAAUUUGCUGUUGGGAUGGAGUUUAGUUCCCGGGAAGCUGUUAUUAAGGCAAUAAAAGAGUAUACCAUACGACGAAGCGUAGAUUACCGGGUGUAUGAGUCUGAGCCUUUGACAUUUUACGCCAAGUGUACACAGUAUGGGUCAGGGUGUGAUUGGCUUAUCAGGGUUAGUCUGAUCAGCAGGAAGUAUUGUUGGGUUAUAAGGAGGUAUAAUGGUAGUCACACUUGUACCAGAGCCACCAUUUCACAGGAUCAUGCGAAGCUGGACUCCAUCACAAUUGCAGAAGCAAUAAAGCCAUUGGUUGAGGCUGAUCCCUCCUUAAAGGUAAAGUCCGUUAUAGCAGAAGUGCAAUCGAAGUUUAACUAUACUGCCAUGUGUCACAAGGAGCCAUCAGCUGUUGUCCAUUUUGAGACUAUGCCUGCAUACCAAGGCGAUGACUUGGUUGGUCAUAUUCGGGUACUGCAUAGAGUAUUUUGGAGUUAUUACCCCUGUAUCAGGGCAUUCAGACAUUGUAAGCCAGUUGUCCAGGUGGAUGGGACUCACUUGUACGGGAAGUAUAAGGGUUGUCUCCUAGUCGCAGUUUCACAGGAUGGCAACAACAACAUCGUCCCAAUUGCGUUUGCUAUUGUCGAGGGAGAGACUUCUGAUGCGUGGCACUUUUUCCUUAGUAACUUGCGUCAACAUGUUGUCACUCGGGAUGGUGUGGGACUCAUAUCCGACCGACACGAAUCCAUCAAUGCAGCUGUGGAACGGAGUAACGGAGCCUGGUCACCUCCUAGAGCUUUUCAUAUGUUCUGCAUCAGGCAUAUAGAGUCGAAUUUUCUGCGGAAAUUCAAGGCACCGUACCUCCAAAAAUUGGUCGUCAACAUUGGAUAUUCCAGGACGGUGCGGGAGUAUGAAGUGUGUUACCAGCGAUUACGGGAACGGGGGGAAGCGUAUACCAACUGGUUAAACCGAAUUCCUCGCGAACAGUACGCAUUGGCGUUUGAUGGUGGAUACCGAUGGGGUCACAUGACAACGAAUCUAGUGGAAUGCAUCAAUUCAGUGUUGAAGGGUGCACGCAAUCUUCCUAUUACUGCUCUUGUCAAGGCAACAUUCUACAGGCUAAACGAGCUCUUCACCAGAAAAAGAGCAGAGGCAGAAGCGCGGAUUAAUGCUGGCCAUGUGUUCUCCGAGGUCGUGACCUCGAAGUUGCAUGCAAACCAACUUGCAUCAGGAAACAUACAGGUCAGUUGCUUUGACCGGCAGAAUGAAGUCUUCGAGGUGCGUGAGAUGCCAAGCGGAUUGGAGUUUGCAGUCGAUCUACGCGCCCUUCGAUGUGACUGUGGUGAGUUCCAGGUGGACCGGAUCCCCUACAGACAUGUGUUCGCAUGUUGUGCGAACCAGCGACUGGAUUGGAAGCUAUAUGUGCAUGAUGUGUAUAAGAUGGACCAAGUUCGGCGGGUGUACCGAGCAAGAUUUAGGCCACUAGGUAACCCGACAACGUGGCCUGCGUACAACGGUCCUCGCUACGUACCGAAUCCGUAUCUGAGACGUGUCUCGAAAGGGCGCCCCAGGAUGACGCGUUUCUUGAAUGAGAUGGACACGCGAAUGUUACGUCGUCCUAGGCGAUGUACGCUUUGUGGGGCUGAGGGACACAGUCGUAGUAGAUGCCGUCAGUCAGCUGGUAGAACUGUCGACGGAGAUGCUCCGUAG